GGCCUCGGCUGUCGGGGGUCGGUGAAGAAGCUGAUUUCUGCUUUCACAGUUUUCAGGAAGUUUGUUCCAGAUUGGUGGCGCAUAGAAGCUGGAUGCUGCCCCUCCAUUUUUGGUCCAGGGGAUGCAGAGCAGACCAGAACCAGAAGAUCUUUAAUGAUGGAGGACAAAGUGGACGAAGAAAUUUAUUCUACAGUCACCGACAUCCAAGACGAACCUUCUCCUCAAAGUAAAGAAGAAGAAGAUGAUGAACCAGAAGAGCAACAAGCACUCACCAAGUCUCGUCUGUAUUUGGUGGGUUUGGGGAUUUUUAUUGGCCUGAUUGCUGGAACACUCAUUUACAUGAGUGUAAGGAUGGUCACGGUGCUGGAAAAUAUCAAUCACCUUACAACAAAAAGAAUGCAGCUUAUUUCGGAAACUAAGACGAUGGAGGAAGAGAUCGUCGAACUCAACCAAGAGAUUGACAAAAAGUGUGAACCAUGCCCGAAUAAAUGGAUUCUCUUCAAGAACAAAUGCUACCUCUUUUACGACAGUCCACCACCUUGGAAGACCUGGGAAGAAAGUCAAAGGUUCUGUCAGAACAAACGAACACGUUUGCUUACAAUUGGUAGUCUGGAGGAGCAGGAAUUUGUCAGCAAACACAUAAAGUAUUACCAUGAUGAAUACCAUGGGUACUGGAUAGGAUUACAACAUGUUAGCAACUCCUGGACCUGGAUUACUGGAAAUGUAGACACUCUUGGGUUCUGGAUGAAGGAGAACUUCACCAUUCUGCAAUCAAAAGCUCUGGUGGUUCCAGGAAAAAUCCCUCACAGAGCUGGAAGAAAGAAAUGAAUGAGUUUCAGAACAAAUUCAUUUGUGAGCGUGACCCUCGCAAGCCUUAAUGUAACUGACUGUUCUCUUAAAGAUUUGUGCAGGAAUAUC